AUGUCGGAGAAUGCAGAUAAGACUAUUCAGCAGCUGGUGAAGGAGUGGUUGGAGCUCGAUCAGAAUGAAGCUACGAGACAAGAAAUAAAGGAUCUAUCGGAUAAAAAGGAUUACGAUGAGCUCGAGAAGAGGCUACGAACCCGAAUCGCCUUCGGCACCGCCGGCCUCCGUUCCUCAAUGCAAGCCGGUUUCGCCCACUUGAACCCUCUAACCAUCAUCCAAGCCUCCCAAGGCCUAGCCUCCUACCUCCUCGCCUCUAUUCCACAAACCGUCACUCCAUCCCCAAAACUAAGCGUAAUAAUCGGACACGACCACCGUCACAAUUCCUCCCAAUUCGCAAAACUAACAGCCACAGCAUUUAUCCUCAAGGGUAUCAAAGUCUACUUUCUGGAAGAUCUGGUACAUACACCGUUAGUCCCCUUCGGACUAAACUUACUCGGUGCGAAUGCUGGAGUUAUGAUUACGGCGUCGCAUAAUCCGGCAAGGGAUAAUGGGUAUAAAGUUUAUUGGGGUAAUGGGUGUCAGAUUAUUCCUCCUGUUGAUGCGGGAAUCGCGGCUGCUAUUUCGGAGAAUUUGAUACCGUUGGAAGGGGCGUGGGAUACUAGUGUUUUGGAUAAAGCGGUUGGAUUGGUGGAGAAUGUGAAAGGAAGAGUUGAGGAGGCUUAUUUUGAGAAAGUAAAGGGAUUGGUUGAUGGGAUGGCUGUUGAGGGAGCGGGGAAGGUAGGGUUUGUGUAUACGCCUAUGCAUGGAGUUGGGUUGGAGGCUGCAAAGCAGGUGGUGAAGAUUUUGGGAGUAGAAGAGGAUUUUGUCGUUGUGGAGGAGCAGGCUAAACCCGACCCUGAUUUCCCAACUGUUAAGUUUCCGAAUCCUGAAGAGAAGGGAGCUUUGGAUCUUGCGAUGGCUGCUGCGGAUAAGCAUGGAAUUACUAUUGUUCUUGCAAAUGAUCCCGAUGCGGAUAGAUUUGCCGCAGCCGAAAAGGUCAACGGUAAAUGGCAAAUUCUCACUGGUAACCAACUGGGGGUCCUCUUCGCUUCCCAUAUGGUUUCAACGUCUUCCCUCCCAGCUUCCAAGGUCGCUCUCUUAUCAUCAGCAGUAUCGACUCAAAUGUUAGCAGCGAUGGGUCAAAUCGACGGCUUCCACCAUGAGGAAACCCUUACAGGGUUCAAAUGGCUCGGUAACGUCGCACAACAAAUCACAUCAAAGGGGACACAUAAAGCAAUCUACGCCUUCGAAGAAGCAAUCGGGUACAUGUUCUCAGACGUUGUCCACGAUAAAGACGGAAUUGCCGCAUUAAGCGUCUUUGUCACUAUGCUGAAAAAAUGGUUAUCAGAGGGAACUACCCCUGCCGGGAAACUUCAGGAGUUAUAUGAAAAAUACGGAUUCUUUGAGAGUUGCAAUGGAUAUGUUGUUUCUCCGAGCCCUGAUGUUACGAGGCAGGUGUUUGAUGGGAUUAGGAGGUUGGGAGAUGAGAGUGGGAAGAAGUUUCCGGGAAGUUUGGGGGGCAGGGAGAUUAACUAUUGGAGGGAUUUGACGGAAGGGUAUGAUAGUGCUACUAUUAAUGGGAUACCGGUUUUGCCAGUGGAUAGGAGUAGUCAGAUGAUUACGGUGGGGAUGGAUGGUGUUAGGUUUACGAUCCGAGGGAGUGGUACAGAACCGAAGAUUAAAUAUUAUGUUGAGGCUAAAGCUUCUGGGAAAGAGGAAGCUUCUGCUGCUGCGAAGGAAGUGGCGGAUGCUAUUGUUAGGGAGUGGUUCAAACCGGAAGUACAUGGACUUAUUGUUUCGUGA